GAAAACUAACUAACAAAUGUGCCACGUGGAAGGAAAAAUCAAACUGCGAUCGAUUUUUUAUUUCUCGAUUUCAAAGGAUCGAGAUGGGAUAUAAGGAAGAGAGAUACUCGAAAAGACCAAUAAUUAUUUAUCACUUCUCAUCGGAUCGAUUAUAAUUAUAGCUACUUCUACUCAGAUACACCCUGUAUAAGCCAAGGAAACCUCAUUCCCGUACACGUCAAGUAUUUCUGUGAAACCUUCGCCGUUUCCAAGAUACGAACGACCUUUCAAAGUGACGUUAUCGAUGUUUGCAUUGUACAGAGUAUCAGUCCCACUGUCAUCGUCGAGAUCCACUUCGGAAUAUUCAGAUAUAAGAUGGCCUCAUCUUCAAGAUUGAUCUCGGUAGAUUUCGAAGUGUACGGACACGUGCAAGCACACACAAAAGGAGGCGAACGUACUCAACCUGAAGGGGUACUGCAUGAACACCAAACGAGGAACUGUCAAAGGAACGUUGCAAGGAGAUAUCGACAAAGUAAACAUGAUGUAAGCGAGAGGAAAAGGAAAGUUUGGCUCCAGAAGACCGGUAGCCCAAAGUCCAAGAUAGAGAAAGCCGAAUUUAGCAACGAGAAACAGAUUACGUCUCCUUCGUUCAACGAUUUCGCCAUCAAGAAAUUCGGAAAUUUUCACUUUUAGGACGGUUGCCAACAAACGUAAAUUCGAAGUGAUUAGAGGUUUGGCGUUAAUGAGAUGCGACCACUUUUAAAUUUAUGUGAAAGCAUCGCCUGUACGAUGAUACUGAAAAAUCUCAAUUGUGAAUUCUGAAAUGACGAAUAAAUUUUAGUAUGUUA